CCUAUCCCAGUUUCGUCAUUUUAGCGAACAAGGUUAGAAGAGGCUCACUGUAAGUGUAAACUAAAACGCGCCAUUUUUCGUUUGAAAUGCUGUCUCUAAUGGACAAACCGGGGCCAGGAUUCAGGGUUUUUAAUCUCGUACUGUCUCUGUUACAAACCUAGAAUGUGCUCUUGUAAAUGGAGAACAGUAGAGCUAGGAUUUAGGAUCAUUGAGAAGUGAGGAUUUUCUGCUGCUAGGUUCUGGCGGUAAUUGAGGAAGCCGGUGCUAAGGGUUAAGUUUUUUUUUGGAUUCUUAGGUUUUUUCUUGAAUUAAGUGAAAAUGGAGGCUGUCGUGGUGGAUGCUGGAUCCAAGCUUCUUAAGGCGGGAUUUGCGGUUCCUGAUCAGGAACCUUCUCUGAUAAUUCCUACCAAAAUGAAAUCUGUACCUGCAGAUGGGCAGUCUGCUGAUGGAGAGUAUGAGGAAGUAUUUGUUGACCCAGUUGUGAGGGGAUUUAUCAAAGAUUGGGAUGCUAUGGAAGACUUGCUGCAUCAUGUUCUGUACACGUGUAUUGGAUGGGAAAUUGGAAAUGAAGGGCAAAUUUUGUUUACGGAUCCACUUUUGACACCAAAGACUGUUAGAGAGCAACUAGUGCAGCUGAUGUUUGAGACAUUUAAUAUCUCGGGGUUUUAUGCAUCUGAACAAGCUGUAUUAUCACUUUAUGCUGUUGGACGCAUCUCAGGUUGCACUGUUGACAUUGGGCAUGGCAAGAUAGAUAUUGCACCAGUUUGUGAAGGUGCUGUUCAGCACAUUGCCUCAAAAAGAUUUGAGAUUGGAGGUAUUGAUUUGACAAAGUUGCUUGCUCAGGAACUUCAUCAAUCCAACCCACAGAUCAAUCUUGACCUUUCCAUUGUUGAGAAAUUGAAAGAACAAUAUGCAUGCUGUGCUGAAGAUCAAUCUGUCUAUGAAAAUCUGCAGAAAACAAGCCAGGUGGAAAGUCACACUCUUCCAGACGGACAGGUCAUAACAAUCAGAAGGGAAAGAUAUACUGUGGGUGAAGCCUUGUUUCAACCAUCUAUAUUGGGUAUGGACGAAUAUGGGAUUGUUGAACAACUGGUCCGAAGUAUCUCAAGUGUCUCAUCUGAGAACCUUAGACAGCUAUUAGAAAACACAGUGGUUUGUGGUGGUACUGCAACUAUGCCUGGCUUUGAAGAGAGAUUUCAGAAGGAAGCAGCUUUGUGCUCAUCAUCCAUUCGUCCCUCGCUUGUGAAGGCUCCUGAGUACAUGCCUGAAAAUUUGAUAAAGAAUUCAGCAUGGAUGGGAGGAGCCAUACUGGCCAAAGUGGUUUUCCCUCAAAAUCAGCAUAUCACAAAGGCCGAAUAUGAUGAGACUGGGCCAACAAUUGUCCACAAGAAAUGCUUUUGAUGGAUUUGGCUUUGCUCCUUUGUGCGUUAUAUCGAGGCAUAUGAGGAUUUUCAAAUCUUCUGAGAAUAAUAUUAUGAUGGGAUACCUUUUUGCUUUUGAUAUUCCUGUAUGAACUGUAAAACGCAUGAAUCAUCUUCCUUGAGCACCCAGAGAUACGAAAUUAUAGUGUUUGGCGACUAAUACGCCCAGUCAUCCAAUUUUACAUUUUUCAUGUAAACUCCGACUGCUUAAGUUGUG